GGCUAGCUCGGCGGCUAGCUGCUCUCCUCAGUGUAAUUAGUUGAGACGCACCGGCUCCAUCUACAUCACGGUGCUGUUAGGACUGAACCGACUCCGUAAAAUUCACCUCACGACACAGACAGAGCGAGCACAACACAGGGACAUAGAGUACAGGCUUCACAUUAUCAAUAACUGAAGAUGAUUAAGCUCUUUUCCCUGAAGCAGCAGAAGAAAGACGAGGAAUCUGCUGGAGGAAACAGAACAGGAGCCGCGGGGAAAAAAGCCAGCGCGGCCCAGCUCCGAAUACAGAAAGACAUCAAUGAGCUGAACCUGCCAAAGACGUGUGAGAUCAACUUUCCUGACGAUGAUGACCUCCUUAACUUCAGACUCAUCAUCUCACCAGACGAGGGCUUUUACAAAGGAGGAAGAUUUGUCUUCAGCUUUAAGGUAGGACAGGGUUACCCCCACGACCCCCCCAAGGUAAAGUGUGAGACGAUGGUGUAUCACCCCAACAUCGACCUGGAAGGAAACGUCUGCCUAAAUAUCUUAAGAGAGGACUGGAAGCCUGUUUUGACAAUAAACUCCAUCAUCUACGGUCUACAGUAUCUAUUUCUAGAGCCUAACCCUGAGGACCCGUUGAACAAGGAGGCAGCAGAAGUCCUUCAGACGAACCGGCGUCUCUUUGAGCAGAACGUCAUUCGCUCUCUUAAGGGCGGCUACGUGGGCGCCACCUACUUCGAGAGGUGUCUUAAAUAACUCGGCGUCCUAUGAUCCUUCCCCCUCCUUCUCCCCUUACACUCCUUACCUCCCCUCUUCCCCUCCCUCUACCUUACCUCCCCUCCUCCAUCCCCUUUCCCUCCUCAGCCCUGCUCGUUGGCAGAAGCAGGAGCUGCGGCGACAGAAAGCAGCACGCCAGAAGACGCUUUUCUGUUUUAAAUCAAAAGAAGAUGACAAAGAAACCCCCGCCCUCUCCCUUCCUUCUUUCUCCUCCCUCUCCUCCCGUUUUUCUCUCUGUUGUAUUUCGAAGACGCAGCAUUCAAUCGUUUACACGCCAUGGGGGGACGCCGGCACACAACACAAACAGAAACUGGACUUGAAAAAGAUGGCCGACAGCGAGUGUCGGCCGGUGGUGAUGAUGAUGGAGUUGGGCUGGAGGAGGAAGAAGGGGAGAGGAUGGCGUGGGUGGUCAGUGAAUGUUGCUCGGGUGAUUCAGAGAACGCCACAACACUGAUGAUGAGAAUGAUGACGAUGAUAGCCACAUGAUUUCCUUUUAUUUUUUAUUUUGUGUGAGUGUGUGGCGCAGACGCCUGUGUCACAGGUGGUCAGAAGGACACGCCCCCCUCGCUGUCAAUGGGGCAGCAAACUCCAAACUCAAAAACACAGUUCAUACGCCAAGGGGGAGUCAGAGCUUUGUUACCACAAUUAGAUCUUGCACGCCUUAACAUAACAAUCAGCAAAACAGUAACUCUUAUUUCAGCCUGCAAUGACAUUGAAGUAUGCAGUCACCACUAGAGGGAGGGGUUGUGGAAAAGUGGGAGGGGUUUUGUGCACAGGAUGGCGGGGGCUUAAGAGCUGCAGUGACAGCAGGUUCGCCUUAAAGAGCUCUUAAAGCAGAACCACAAGAAGGAUUUCCUGUUUGUGAUGUCAGGCAAAAAUGUAUGCUGAUUGGACGUGUUUAUGCAAAUUUGUCAUCUCUGCAGGAAGUUUGGAGUUUGCUGCGAGUUUAAAGGGUGUCGCAGGGCGGAGCGUCGUGUCAGGUGGGCGGAAAUGUUGGGGGGGUCGGGGAUAG